UGUAGACGUUGUUUUAAAAGGUCUAUGAAAUCAAUUGGCACCCUCCGGAUCCAACUGCCGCUGUUCUUGAAAAAUCUUCAAACUGAAGCAAAGAAUCCAUGGCAACCAUGUCGGCUACUGCCACCACCCCUACAGCCCUUGUACACAAGCCACUGCCGAGUGUUGCAUCGCCUGUUGCCAUUGGGUUGCCGACAAUGGCAAAGAAGGGGAACGUGAAGGUGAUGUGUAGCAUGGAGAAGAAGGGUACUUCAUUUCCAGAGGAGAAUGGUUCAACUAUGGGCAAAAGUGCAUCUUUGGUGGCAGCAGCUUGUGCAGCGACCGUGUCGAGCCCAGCCAUGGCUUUAGUGGAUGAGAGAAUGUCGACCGAAGGAACCGGACUUCCCUUUGGAUUGAGCAACAACAACACUCUCGGGUGGAUUUUGUUCGGUGUAUUUGGCCUGAUUUGGGCACUCUACUUUGUCUACACUUCCUCCCUUGAAGAGGAUGAGGAGUCUGGAUUGUCGCUCUAAACGCCAAACCUUUUUCCUUUUCCUUUGAUUGUUGUUCAUUGCAAAAAUCAUGUGUUCGGAUGAAUGUAGGAAAUGGAAAUCAAAGGAGUUUGGCUUUCCUAUGUUGUAAUAGAACUAAUACUUUUCUCU